GCAGUUUGGGGGCACAAACAGCCCUGCUGCUGUUGUGUAGUAGCAGCAGCCCAGAAACAAGCCUCCCGAUCCUCAUGGAGGGACGCACUCCUCACAGAUUAGCUGCUGGGAGAAACAGAUGAAUAAAAAUGUCUGAAUUCAAUCAUGUUCAGGAAGAAUGAUUGGAUAAAAGAUGGAUUCCUGUUCGAUCAUAGGAGAAAGCACUGACGCGAUACUGAUGGACGAGUCUCCUGUUGAUGAAAAGGCACUCCAACAGGCUUGUCAAAGCGACAUCCCGGUGGUUUCUCUCUGCCCCCCCGACAGCUCUCCUGAGGCCCAUUUAACAAUCAUCCAGUCUGAAGGGGAGCUGUGUGACAGCUGCAGCAGCCUUGGCAGACCCUCUUCCUCCUUCCAGCUUUAUCACCAGGUUCCCCAGCGUCUUCAGACAGGAGACCGUGGCUCGCCUCCACUCAGAAAAUGUCCCUCCUGUUGCCGCGGUCCAGUCAAACCAUGCGGAUGCCACAGCUGCCACUCAGCUCCAGCCCAUCCUGGAACAGAAGGAGGUUUAGCCGUGAAAUCGGGACACAGCUGUGGUUCUGCUCAUCGGACAUCAUGUCGCGGGUCGGGGAAAUGCCACGGGCUGCACAGGUCCAAUGAGGGCAGGAUUCAGAAACCGAAACAGGGACACGUGGUGAGAGUGAGGGACGGUGGACUUUACUGCAUCAUUAGAAGUUAUUCCCAGGUGAUAGUGGAGUAUCCGUUAGCGUUCCUUCUCGGUUGCGUCGUUCUGCUGCUCGGGUGCUCCCUGGCUGGGUUGCUCAUCGACCCUCUACCAGAUAUCUCUGACCCUCUGCUGGGUUUUGAGCCACGAGGAACAUCUAUUGGAGUUCGGCUGUCGAGGCUGUCCAUGCUGCAAGGGUACACUGGCCUGGGGAAAUCUCUGUCUCCUUCACCGCCGCAGCUCAGCAAAAGACCUGCGACUCUUGUCAGCAGGGGAGGUAACCUCAGUCAAGUUGCCUCCAGACAUCGUACUAAAAGGAUGCUGGCUGCAGAUUUAUCACAACACAUCUUCCUCUGUGAUGCUCCAGGCGAGCGUUUUGCCCAGCUGGUGUUCCGAUCGGAAAACUCAGCCAGUCUCUGGAGUCUAAAGUCGAUCCACGCCAUGUGUGAGAUGGAGCAAUCCAGGAUUCGUUCCCAGGCCAAGUUCCAGGAUGUGUGCCAGCAGUAUGAGCGUAUGGAAGGCGAGGGAGCGCCAGGAGGCGGCUGUUGUCCGAGCUGGUCUCUGGGGAAUUACUUGGCGGUCCUCUCGAAUGCCUCCUGCUGCCUCAGCCUUACCUCCCAGCAGGUUUCAGAGUCUUUGAACCUUCUUCGGAAAUGUGCCCUGUACUAUCACAGAGGAGAUCUGGUGGAGGCCUGCGUCGAGAGACCCAAACACGGCAGCUGCCCCUCUGUUCCUUCCCGCUGCACACAGUCCAAAGUGGUUUUCCAAAUCCUGCACUUCCUCGUCGACAAAGACUUCCUCGGACCGCAGACUGUCGAAUACCAAAUCCCAACUCUGAAGUACAGCCUUCUGUUCCUACCUGUCGAGAAAGGGGAGCAUAUGAUGGAGAUGUACAUGAACAAUCUGGAAGGCAGGGAUCUGACGUACAAUAACACAACGAUUACUGGCAUCGACUUCGGUAUAAAGAAGACCCUGUUCAAAUAUUACUUAGUGAGAGAUUCGGUAUACCCGGUCCUCGCUGUUGUAUCACUUCUGUUCACCAUGGCUCUAUAUCUCCACUCCUUCUUUAUAGUAGCAAUAUCUGUUCUAGCAAUCACUGGUUCUCUUCUAACUUCAUAUUUCUUUUAUAAAGUAGCAUUUCGCCUGACUUUCUUCCCCCUGGUCAACCUCUCAGUAGCUUUAAUUCUCCUAGGAAGUUGCUCCAAUCAGGUCUUUAUCUUUUCGGACUUCUGGAACCUGCAGCUAACACAGAACCCCUCGGCUCCCCUGGAGAAGAGAGUAAACCGAGCCUUACAGGAAAUGGGGUAUUUGAUUUUAGCAUCAGGGCUGACCUCCAGUGCAGCAUUUUUCUCCGGUUAUCUCAGCAGCAUCCCAACAAUCAGAUGUUUCUCUCUUUAUCUUGGAACGUCCUCGUUCAUCAGCUCGCUCGUGGCGUUAGUGUGGCUGCCGUGCUCUUUCAUACUGCGAGAGCGCUACAGAAAGACGCCGUCUGCUCCAGUGACGGCGGAAAAGUGGAAGCCCUUCUGCUCCAAAAACCCAAGUGGGUUCUGGGACACGAGUUCACGCAAGAAAUGCAUCUUCAGCAUCCUACAGAAACUAAAAGAGUCCAAACAGGCUCUCACGGACACCUCCAACUUGAUAUUCCUGAAAAUCCUACCGUGCGGAGUUGUAAAGUUUCGGUACAUCUGGGUGUGCUGGUUUGCAGUGCUUGGGGCCGGGGGCAUGUACAUGUCCUGCAUCACCCCGGGCAUGAAGCUACCCACCCUUGACAGCUGGGUGUCUCAACUUUUUCGAUCCAGUCACCCUUUUGAGAGAUACGAUGCAGAGUUUCGUCACAUGUUUAUGUUUGAGAGGCAGAGUAAUGGAGAGGAGACGCCUGUCAUGUUGACGCUUGUUUGGGGAAUUGAACAGACUGAUAACGGGGACCACUUCAACCCGAGCAGCCAAGGCUCUUUAGUUUUUGACCCUGAUUUCAACAUGAGUCGAGCUGAAGCUCAGGUUUGGCUAAGGGACCUAUGUGCGCGAGUCCAGAACCAAAGCUUUUAUUCCCCUCCACCAGCAGAGAACACAGAUGUCAUGAUGGAUCAUAUCUGUCUGGUGGAGCAGCUGGUGAGUUGGGUUUCUCUUCAACGGUGCUCAGAAAGUGAUGACACCUUCCAUUUCUGCUGCAACACCUCCUUCCCCUACCCUCCAAGUGUUUUUGAGAGCUGCCUUAGCAUAAUGCUGGCUGAAAAGUAUGCCGAGGGCCAUUCGGCACACAGUGGAGGCCUGUACUUUCAGCCAGAUGGCAGAGUCGCUGCUCUCGUCUUGGCAUUCAAAACCACAUACCUCUACAGCUUCAACUUCAGCAGGACCAACGUGUUUUACAAAGAAAUCCUGGCCUGGUUCAAGGAAGAAAUAUCUGGAGCACCAAAAGGGCUGGAGAAAGGCUGGUUCAUCAGUCAGCUGUCUCUGUUUGAUCUUCAACAAUCCCUCGGCUCAGAGACUCUGGUGGUUGCUGGCAUCUCAGUAGCUGUCACCUUUGUCCUGCUCCUUUUGACAACCUGGAACAUUCUCCUGAGCCUUUAUGCGACUGUUGCUGUGGGAGGGAGUGUGUUUGUCACCGUUGGCCUCCUCGUUCUUCUUGAAUGGCAGCUGAGUGGCAUUGAGGCUCUGUUUAUAUCCUCAGCCGCAGGCUUGUCUGUCGACUUUGUAGCUAACUACUGCAUAUCGUACAGCCUUGCUCCUCAUUCAGACAAAAUUGGAAAAGUUGCCCACGCCACUAAAAGGAUGGGCUCUCCUGUAGCAAUAGUAUCUGGUGCGUUUUUCUUCAUGGGGAUCUUCAUGUUACCUGCCACAGCCUUGCAUAUCAGAAAAUUUGGGAUUUUUUUGUUUUUGGUGAAAUGCGUGGCUUGCGGAUUUGCAACCUUCUUCUUCCAGUCCCUGUGCUGCUUUUUUGGACCCAGAAAAAAUUGUGGAAGGAUCACUCUAAAGUGUUUUUCAGCGCAGACAGAAGGCACGCCGAGCUCUCAUUCUGACCCCUCGACCACGUCGGCUGCUAACGGGGCGUUUGGCAGAUCGAGAGGGAGGAGUUAUGACAAAGAGCCGGGUGGUUACCUUUACCCCAACGACCAGCGUCGGCACAGUCAGAGACAGAUCAUAGGAGGAGGUGCGGAGCAGUACGAGCUGCAGCCAUUGGCUUAUCGCCUGAGUGACAGCUUUGAGAACAGCACGUGCACCAGUAAGCUGUCCAACCGGCCCUCUGUGCUCUCAGAUGAGAUUGAAUAUUGCGGAGAUGUGGAGAAGAAUGGCACGGGUGAUCUAUGCAGUCAUCAGAUUGGUCACCAACCACCAGCUGUUCAGACUUCAUCUCCUUAUAGAGAAAACACCCUCCGCCCAGCAGGCCUGCUGCAAGAAGAUGUUGCUACAGGAAGACUGCUGUGUAAAACCUGCAGGGGUCAGUCAGUUGGGGCGAAACAAUGGAGAAAUACUGCCUACUCCUCCUCCUCCUCAAGCAUAGAGGAGACCGCUGGUCAGCCGUCUCUCUGCAAAGACGAUAACGCCUUUAAGGAGAGUCGGAGCCACCACAAAGGGCCUCUCUCCUCUCUGUCUCAGAGUUCCUUUGAGGGUCCUGAGGAGACCUGUGAAACGUGUCUGAGUGACACUGAAGCAGGGCCUUCAAAUCCUCAGGCACACGGAGAAGAGCCGCAACUUCAACCUGGACACCUCAACAGGAAGAGGGACACGCUGAGGCUCUCGCUAAAAGAAACGGUUUACGAAACCAGCGGUAAGGACCGCGGCAGCCGGGGCGAGGAGGUGGUGAUUUUACCCAACAGUAAACCAGACUUACCGGAUGUUUGGAUAAAGAGAGAUGGGCAACGGGAGGACACGUGCUGAGCAACGUCAGAGGAAGCUUGUGCAAACACUGUGCAUACACCACACCUAGUUUACAAAAUACUUUUUACAAUAAAAUUUAAAAACCUACUUGCAUUUGUUAAACACUUCAAAGGAAAUUAAGCCAGUUGCAGAAAACAAAUGAUUGCAUGUUUGUUUCACUGUUGCUGGCAGGAUUGCAUCACCGAAAACCAGUUCUUCUAACUCAAAAACCAUAACGACAUGCAAACGUUGCCUGCUGCUGAAUUUCCUUUGUGCCUGGAAUUAUUGACCCUGACCUUUCUGCACAGACUGGUUUAGUUUUACGAACUCUGUGAUCCGUGCUGGAAUUAAUCCUAGUGAGCCAUUUCUAUUCACAGCCUUUGGUCAUUUCAAGUGUAAUCACACUCUACCAAUUCAGGUCGAUUGUAAAAAAAAAUAAUAAUAAUAAUUUUAGCAACUAGUAAAAUCCAGAAGCUUUUAUCCAAACGUAGAUAUAUUUCUUAAUAAUAGAGCGGUGGAGUUUGGCUCUCAAAGCUGCUUUUCGUUGGUUGUAGACAAAUUCAGAGUUGUGAUUUUAUUGCAGACAAAUUUACUUUUGUAUAAUAUUGAUGGUUAUUUUAUAUCUAAGAGUUAUAUUUGAUCCUGGACUAGAAUGUGUUUAUAAAUGUAACUUCAGAACUAAACACAAUUCCAACUGGCUAUUUAUUACAGAUGAAUAAAAAUGAAUAUUUAUUUUGAUGUAUUUUAUUAGUUUUGCACUAUUUUCCUGUUAUAUCACAUUAAUACCUCACUAAAGCAAUGCCAACAGCUCUGGCAAAAAUCCAUGUGCCGUGUUUUACAUCCAGCCUUUUGAUAAUGUCAUAACUGUUUGCCUAUAAAAUGACAAAAUUGGACACUCUUGGUUUUCUUUCCGUUUAUAAUUUUUUUAAAAUAAUUAUUGAAUGGGUGAACUGAUACUGCAUCCAAAAACCAACAAGUGAUGCACAAUAGUUGGAGAUGAUGCAUCAGAUAACUGGAGCUGGCAUUUAUUUACUAAAUUAAACACAACAGCAAACUUCAGAAGAUUGUGAGCAAUAGAGAUUUUAAAGCUCAUUUCUGUUAAGUUUGAUGUGAAUUUACCAAAAUAUGAUUAUUGCACUUCAUAGAAAGUUACAUUUUACAUUUAAAGCCUCUUAUUAACCAGUUUGUUUGGUGCUUUAUGUGAUUAACUGUACAGAAUGUUUGUUAGGGUGACUUAGAAAAGCUAAACAGCUGCCAUCAAUGUGCUUUUUGUGUUUUAAAGUCGAGGCAGAAAUCCUAUUAAGUGCGUCAGUGUCAAGAGAUGUUCUGUGUUCAUUCUUAAGGGCAGAAAAGGAUUUCAAAUACAAACACAAGUAUUCUGUUUGUGCACACUGCAGCCUUGAUGUGAAGAGAUGCAUCCAACAGAUUUAUUAAGCCAACCUGCAUUUUAGUUAAGUUUUAUUCAGACAUUUGGAUUUUUUUUGAGUCACUCUCUCGCCCCAUCAGUAAAUGUGUAUUUUUAUUAUAGAAAAUUCAGAUUAUUUUUGUUUCUUAAUCCAAACGCUAUAAAUUAGAUUAGUGCACCGAGACGAUCUCAAGCACAUUCAAUGUUUCACGUGAAUAUCUUUCAACAUUACGUGCCAAAUGUCUUUUACUUGGUUGCUUUUCAUGCUGAAAGUGUGUUUUCUGUUUUGUGUAAAGUAAAAUAAGAUGUAUAGUUAUGGUUCAGCAUAAAGACAAAAAUGUGUGAUUGUGGUUUAGCAUGAAGACUUUGAAUUGAAAAUAAAACGUGCCUAGGGCCACGAAAUUUCAACAAACGUUAUCGUAAAUCUAUUCACUGAAAAAACUUGGGUUUGACUCAGCAGAAUAACCUGCCUCACAGAAAAAACAUCACUGCUACAACUGUUAAUUUUUCACAAAUAAAACCUUUAUUUUCCAGCAAA